AUGCUGUUCCAUUUUUAUUGGAUUGUUUGUCUCCUUCAUGGCGUAAAAGGCGGUAACGACGUGCCAAUAGCUGAAUGCAAUAAAGGAGUUCCAAAUGCAGGAAUGAUUCGCCAACGACCAACUGUCGAUCCGCAACUUUGUGCACAUAUCGACACACCUGCUUGCAAUGCAAUAUUUGAAAUCAAAGGAAUGCCAGCAGGUGCAGAUGGUAUUGCUGCAACAAUCCAAUCUCACUCGAACCCGUAA